CAUCACAGCAACCGACAGCUCUCACUGAUACGGCUGACACUAGCAUAUAAGCAUCAAACAGCAGCGUCGUUUUAACAAAACCAACUUCACAAUGUCAGCUGUCGGUCCAGAGGGUGCUGGAGGAGCGUCUUCCAACAAGCGCUUGCAGCAGACCCAAGCCCAGGUCGAUGAGGUGGUGGAUAUUAUGCGUGUCAACGUGGACAAAGUGCUGGAGCGGGAUCAGAAGCUGUCUGAGCUGGAUGACAGAGCAGACGCGCUGCAGGCUGGAGCCUCCCAGUUUGAGACCAGUGCAGCUAAGCUGAAAAGAAAGUACUGGUGGAAGAACUGCAAGAUGUGGGCCAUCCUGAUAGCCGUCAUAGCCAUCAUCAUCGUCAUCAUCAUCAUUUGGGCUUCCUCAUAAAAACGGCAACAGGAAGAGCAGCAGGAGGAGGAGUGAAGAAAAUGGCGAAGAAGAAAAAAAAGGAGCUAUGUGCAAAAUAAAUGUCUCAAACGAAGAAAUCACAUGAUUACUGGCUACUCGGCUCUACUCCUCCCCCCCAACAAGGGUCUUCAUUCCUUGUCCUGGAUUGCCUUGUGUAUAUGUGAGUGUGUGUGUUUUGCAUAUGUGUGUGUGUGAGUAAAGGAUAAUUGCAUUACAUUAGUUUAACAUUGAAUUAAUACACUAUCUUGGAUAUGACUAAACUCCAGCCAAGCAUCAUCAGAAUGUGAUGCAAUGCACCAAAGAAAACAAACAUACUCAAACAUUUGCUAAACCGAAGCAAAGUCAGCCCGAAACCUUGUAAAAAGUUGAAGUGAAACAUCUGUAAUUGUGACAAAACACACAUACACACAUUCCACCCUCAAGAAAUGAAGAAUGGUUGCGGUUUGGGCUGUUCUCAACAUAUAUUUACUUUUUUAUGUUUUAUUAAUAGCUGCUGAACUUGUGUGCCAGGCUAAGAAAAGUGGCUUUUUAGGAUAUUCAGUCCAUCUUGAGACUGUUCUCUAAUCCUAUAUAUCGAUGAAGAGAUGCUCUUAUUCAUCUCAUUUCUUCAUUGCAGAGAGUUAAACCAGUAUGUAGACUUUUCUCCUUGUUUUCCUUUUUUAAUGGUCAUGGUUACAGUCAAUAACUAGAGGAGUCCAAUGCCUUAUUUUAUUUAUGCACAUAUUAAAGUGCAAAUUAGUUCCUUGCACGGAAUAUUAAAAUUUGAUUCAAAAUACAAAGUCAGUCAGUGACAUCCGUCUUCUUUUCGUGCAGUGCUUCAUAAUAGAGCCUUGAGUGAGCUUGUGGUUACUUGGAGCGCCGGUACACCAACAACCUCACAGUCCGACACUGCCACAAUUUGUUUUAAAGUGCCAGCAUUAACGGAGCUGAGCUGUCUCGACCAGGUGCUUUCUCUCCAAAGUGCCAGAAAUAUUGCCUUUAUGAAAUGUUCAAGCACAGCCAUGUCAGACGGUGUAGCAUCAGACAAUAGUCUUUGUAAGUUUCUCCAAUGGAGAGCAGCUAAAAUGUGGAGCCAUAUCUUACUGAGCACAUGUACCAACCAGUGAAAGUGGAGUGCCUUCUGAAUGCUCUGCCCAAACAAAUACUGUACUGCUUGCCUCUGUCAGCUUAAUUUAACCUUUAAUAAAGUCCUCUCAGUCACACUGGCAUCUAUUCCAUCUUUUCCAUGCACAGUACCUUUUCUCGUGUGAUGUUUCAGUCUUGUUGUAGAAUAGCUUUAUUUUUCCAAACUGAUAAAUGUAUAGCUGAUCAUAGUGAGACAAAUGUUUUUGUUGUGCUUUGAUCACGACUGCAUUGAAUUGUAGAUUGAGCGUGGAGAAAGCUUUUUUUGGGUUGUGACAUAAUAUAUGCUAUACAGACACUGGAUUUGAGGUUACCUUAGUAAUUUCUCUGUUUGGUAUUGUCAAGUUGCCAGCUGCAGUUAGGAGCUAUCUGGCUUUCAUAGUGCGUGCAUGAGACUGAUAUGGAGGUGAACACUAAUUCAAUUCAGCUUUUUAGAUUUAGCGAGACUUUAGCGAUGUAUUAAUUGGGAAUUGCAGACAACCAAAAUGCUUCAGCAGCCUAUCCUUGUAAUACACAAAUGUAUUUAUCGGUAAUCUCUUCUGUUUACUCACUAACUUGACCCCAGUCAUCUUUUAACCCUUGCAUGUUCUUAACAACUAGGAAUGUAUAUGAAAGUGAGUGCAAUUCACUUGGUGGCCAUACAUACCUUUUGCUUGAAUAAAAGAAAUAUUUGAA